AUGCCCGCGAUUGUGAAGCAGCUGCCCUCGUCGGACGACGACAAUGAUCAGGCGUCUCUGUCCCCUUCCAAGGAGUACGCACAACUUGGCGAGGACAGCAGCCCAGCUGGCGCGUUUCGAACAGAGUUCCCGAUCGCCGAAGCUGGCGCGGAAGCGGAGGACCUAGCCAAACCGCAGGAAGCAGACGCCAGCAGCGCGGAGCGCGUCGUAGACGUGGAGGAAUGCGCUCGACUCAAAGUGGCUGGAAAUGAGCUCUUCAAGGACGGCGACAUCUCUGAGGCGCUCACGCUGUAUCGAAAGGCGCUGUGGUGCGCCCCCCUCAAGCCUUUGCCGUCGCGUCACACCGCUACAGGCAAGCCCAGUGUUUCGCCAACGCUGCCGGAUGGUAGCGCCCCUGCAGCUAGCUCACACACGGCAACAGAAGGCGGCGCGACUGAGGAGGAGCAGCAGCCGGUGGACACGACGGACUACACCCUUACGGCGCAGGUGUACUGCAACGCCGGCUUCUGCCUCAUGAAGCUGGACGUGAAGGAGGAGGCGGAGCACAUGUUCUCGGAGGCUAUCCGACACGACGACUCGUACUUGAAGGCGUACAUCCGCCGCGCGGACUGCUACUACAUGUUGCAGAAGUGGUCCAGCGCUUAUGGAGACUACGAAAGCUACGAGAAGCUUGGCGGGGUGCUCGACGCGCAAGGUCGCGCCCGAAAAGUUGCUUCCAAAGCCAAGGUGGACGAGGAGAUGCAAAAGAUGUUGGGUGAGCUGAAGAACCUCGGCAACAAAAUUCUCGGCAAUUUCGGCUUGUCCACGGACAACUUCAAGUUCGACAAAGACCCCAACACCGGUGGCUACUCGAUGCGCUUCGAGCGAUAG